UUUCAGCACGUUUCUGCAAUUCCAAACUAGCCAUGUCAGUCGAAGCUAGUCGCACAUGUUUCUUAAUUGACUCAUUGCUAAAUAAAAAACCAAAAGAAGAACUGGAAACCGAAGAAGAGGAUGAAGAAGAAGACGAAGAGGAGGAGUUAUCAUCCUCUGAAGUAACAAGUGAAAACGAUAUGGAGACGGAAUCUGCAUCAAGCAGUGCAUCUUCAGUGGGCCAGCCCAAACCAGACUUUUCUGCGUUUCACAAAAUAUUUAGCAACCUCGAUUUUGCUAAACUUGCGGCAGUGAAGCGAAAUGGUCACCACCAGCCAAUGCUGUUUCGCCCUGAAUGCUUCUUCCCUUUGGAAUUGUCUAAACACCUUCAUCUUGUGCAACAGACUUUUCAAAUGAAUGUUCUUCAAAACUUGGGCCACACGUUACCCUUACCGUUUGUUCCAAUGCUAAAAAAUGUUGCACCUGCUCAAAAACGGUUGAACAAUAAGCGGGCAUCGUACGUGGACCAUUCUCAAAAAGGAAAUUUGAAAAAGUAUAGAUGUGAUGUAUGCGACAAGACGUUCAGCCGAAGUAACACCUUGAUAACUCAUAAGAGAAUUCACACCGGAGAAAAACCAUUCAAAUGCGAACAUUGUGGAAGGGCGUUCCGUCAACCCGGAAACUUGACACGUCAUCGACUUACACAUACAACGGUGAAACCUUACGUAUGCGGACUCUGUGACAAAGCCUUCAAUCGAGCAUCAAACCUUCAUACACACAUGAGAACUCAUACAAACGUCUAAAAUAAUUCCAUCAUUAUUGAACCUCAAAACACCGCAGCCUUCCAGUUAACCAAUGUGUCGUGUCCAUCUUUUCUUCAUUUUCCUUAACUUACUGUGUGAUGCGAUCUCCGCUGUUCUUUAAUUAAAUCUUCAUUUUUUUGACUCUCAGAAAAAAAGAAAACAAAACAUUC